ACGAACACAUUCAAGCAGACGUAAUAGAGAACUCGCGACGUAGUGAAUCAGUAGGCUUGCCAGUAACCUUUUAUCGCAUUUACAAAUCGUAAACACAAGUAAAUUAAUUUAUAAGAUGUUUUUUCUUUUUAAUGGUAAUAAGUAAUUUUUUAUUUAAAAAUAAAUAUUUAAAUUUUCCCGCGCAAUUAAAAAGUUUAUUAAUCAUUUAAAUUAUACAUAAAAAAAUAUUCAAAAUUAUUAAUCAAUUUUUAUAAUUAAUUGUGUGUUUAAACUUGACUGUAACCUUGUAAAUUGCCGACUGUAAUCAUCAUUGAUAAAUGCAGCGAAUAGUGUGAUAUAUAAGAGUGUCUUGUGAAAAAAUUAAAAAAAAAUUCAUAUAACCUAAAAAAUAAAAUAUCAACUUUCUGAAAAAAAAAAAAAAAAUUUUUUUUAAUUUAAUGCUUUGAUUAAUGAAAUUAAAAAUUAAAAAUGAUAAUAGAAUUUUUUUGCACAUUGUUAUUGAUAAUAUUAAUUAUUUAUUAUUGGUCAAUAUCAACUUACGGUUAUUGGCGUGAACGCAAUGUACCGGGGCCGGAUCCUUCACCAUUGGUCGGUAAUUUCAAAGAUGUAUUGAUGGGUAAAAAAUCAUUCGGACGUUGGCUUGAUGAUUAUUAUGCUCAAUAUCCAAAUGAUAAAUUUAUUGGAGUAUUUAUACGCCGGCAGCCAUUGUUAAUAAUAAGAGAUUUGAAUAUUUUAAGAGAUAUAUUCAUACGAGAUUUUUCGAAAUUUCCUGACCGUGGUUUGAAAACAUUCGAACAUGCGGAGCCACUGUCGCAGCAUCUUGUGAAUCUUGACCACACGAAAUGGCGGCCGCUACGUCACAAAUUGUCACCGGCAUUUACCUCUGGUAAAUUGAAAGAAAUGUUUUAUUUAUUGGUAGAGUGUGGGGAUAAUUUCAAAGAUUACGUUACCAAAAUAGUCAACAAAGAAAGUGACGGAAUAAUUGAAGUUAGAGAUUUAACAGCACGUUUUACGACAGAUGUUAUUGGCACGUGCGCAUUCGGGCUUCAAUUGAACGCAAUGGCUGAUGAGGAAAGUGAGUUUCGUAAGAUGGGAAAAUACGUUUUCAAUAUUGAUUGGAAAAAAUUAAUAAGGUUCCGUAUCAGAGAGGCCGCACCAUGGUUGUACAGAUUACUGGCGCCCAUAAUGCAUGACAGUGUGGUAACCAACUUUUUUACAAAUAUUAUGAAGGACACUAUUGAAUACCGCAGGGCUAAUAAGGUCGUUAAACAUGAUUUCAUUGAUUUGAUUAUGGAGUUACAAGAUAAUCCGGAUAAAAUAGAUAUUAAGUUAACAGACACGCUGUUGACUUCACAGUUAUUUGUAUUUUUUUUGGCGGGAUUUGAGACUUCUUCGACGACAAUGAGUAAUGCGCUUUAUGAGUUGGCCCAGCAUCAUGAUUAUCAGGAUAAAUUGAGGGAUGAAAUUAGAGGAGUGCUCAAGAGCAAUGAUGGAAGACUCAGUUAUGAGUUGGUCAAAAAUAUGAAAUUCAUGGAUAUGAUCUUUAAAGAGACGUUGAGAAAAUAUCCACCCGCAACGUUUUUAAUCAGACGUGCAGACACCAAUUAUACAUUUACUGACACAAACGUAACUAUCAGAAAAGAUAUACGAGUCAUGAUCCCCGUGAUGGCAAUCCAUCAUGAUCCUGCAGUCUACAAAGACCCAGAAGUAUUCAAUCCCGAUCGAUUCACUGAUGAGGAGAUUGCUGCGAGGCACCCGAUGAGUUUUUUGGCUUUUGGUGAUGGGCCAAGAAAUUGUAUUGGUGCAAGAUUUGCCAACCAUCAAACAAAAGUUGGUCUUAUAAAACUUCUUGAAAACUUCAAAGUGGAUGUUUGCGAAAAAACAGAAAUUCCAUAUGAAGUUAAUCCCAGAAGUUUUUUGUUAGCUCCGAAAAAUGGAAUUUAUUUAAAAUUUUCUAAAAUUUAAUAUUUUAUAGAUAAAUUAUUUGUUUUUCUGCAUUUAAGUUUGUGAUUUUUGUUACCAUAAAUUUAAAUAAAUUUAUCAAAUUUGUGAUAACAAAAAUUAUUGUUAUAUAUUUAAGGGAUAUUAGAUAAGAUAACGAAAAAAUGCGAGGCAAAAUGGGUCGUUUUAAAUUUUAUUUAUGAACUCAAUCUACACAUAGGAAUGGAGGGGGGGAGAUAGGUCAUAUGGACACUAAUGGUGUAGGGUAAAUUCCGUUUAGAAAUAUAUUUUUUGCAGAAGAUCUCAUUUUGCCAUUUUCAAAAUUUAUGUUAUAAUGUUUUAUUUUGUCAAACAAUGCCGAACAUUACGAAACCCCGCCCCAACUCGCUGCAUUGUGAGAAAAAAAUAUAUAUAUAUAUAUUUAUACCCACCAUUAUUGUCAUCAUGCGGGCCAUUUUGCCUCACAUAUUUUUUAUAACUAAAAAAUAAUGAUACCAAAAAAAAAAAUUAAUUUCUAUUUAAAUCAAAUUUUUUAAUUUAUCAUAACAAAUAAUUUUUCUUGUAUUUAGUAAAAUAAUUUAAUUCUUAAUUAAAUCGUUAGAUUUUUUAUUAAAUAAAUAAACUUUUCCGAUUUUUAAAAAUUAAUUUGGCAUUAAAAUGAAACUUCUAUAUACUGA